GAUGUCAGAUGCCCUGAAACUGGAGGGAGAGAUGGUUGUGACCCACCGUCUGAGUGCUGCUAACUGAACCCAAAUCCGGAACAGCAGCCAGUGCUCUUAACUGCUGAGCCGAGGAGAGUUGUCUUAAGCAAGCAUCACCAUCCCCUCAUUAGAAGUCUCACAUUCAUGAAACCAUACCCUGGACUUGGCCUCCACUGUCUGUCCAACAUCUGCUUCAGUGAUUGUCAGAUAAAGGACCCAGUGAAUCCUUCUCCUAUGAUUAAACAGCCGUGGGAUAAAACCCAACACUUCAGUCACUGACACCCAUGAAAGUACAAUGGAGCAGAAGAACCCCUGUUGCUGAGUGACAUCAUAGCCUUGGGAUCGCCAUAUACCAAGUAGAUUGAAGCCUGUUGGGGAAAACCAGAAAGGCAUCAAGUCUAUUUGAUAUUUAGAAGAGGGUGCCAUCCUGGUUUCUGGGUAUCAGCCACUCCAUGAAGCCGCCAACUUGUGAAGAGGGGAGGCUGCUGCCUCUGUCCACAGGGGCUGAGGACAUGUGUGAGCCUACUCUGACAUGAAGGAGGCCAACUGGAAAGAUUCAGACAAAUACUUCCAUGCUAGAGGGCACUAUGAUGCAGCCCAAAGGGGUCCUGGGGAAGUCUGGGCUGCUGAAGUCAUCAGGAGUCAGUGGUGAUGGCUGGUAUUCGUUCUUCAAGGAAGCCAUACAAGGGACUUGGGACUUGUGGAGAGCCUAUCGGGACAAUCUAGAAGCCAAUUACCAAAAUUCAGAUAGAUACUUCUCUGCUCGGGGCAACUUUGAGGCCCAACAAAGAGGAGCUGGUGGCAUCUGGGCUGCUAAAAUAAUCAGCACCAGCAGGAAAUACUUUCAGGGUCUCCUAAACCGGUAUUAUUUUGGAAUGAAGGACCAUGGAUUGGAAAGCCUGGAAUCUACCCAGAAAGCUGAGGAAUGGGGUCGAAGUGGCAAAAAUCCUAAUCGCUUCAGACCCCAGGGCCUGCCUGAGAAGUGCUGAGCGUGCUACACAGGCUGCACUGAGGGGACCAGGCAGUGAGCUGCAUCCUUCUCCCCUUGUUAGGACGUCACUGGUGUCCACAGGAAUCACAGAGAGAUGCCCACCAAAUACUUUGUGGAUGGAAUUUGUUGAUGGAAAUGGGGAACUGUCAGAAAUGCUUUCUGGGAAGAAUUGCUAGGUAUCACAUAGAAGAUAAGUAGAGGAGGAGCUGUGACCACCAGGCAGUAGUCUGAAACCACGCAGGGCCCUCACACAACCCCACCAAAUCUGCUCUAGCCUUUGGACACUCCAGCUUCCCCUGACAAGUAGGCCUGAGGUAGCAGAGUGUUGCCAGCCAUGUCAGUCGCCUCCACAAGUGAAGUUUGCUCUGAGAUGUGUCCUGAUCAGCUGCCCAUCAAUUCCUCCUUGAUAUAGAUCAGAUGUGUGUCCCUAUGUCCACAAGAUCUGCUAGUGAUACCAGGGCCUCUCUGUUUAUGUUUUUGUUGGUCCCAGGCUUUUCUGUGUAGUGAUGCCACUCUGCCUUAUCAGUUAUGGCUUAGGCAUGGUCUGAUGUCAUUCCUUGUCUCCUGUGACCUCUUCAUAUAGAGAAGUACACCAACUUGACAAAGCUUCAUCCUAACCUUUGAAAUCCUAACCCUGACACUGCACUGGGAAUCAGGGAUAUAGCUCAGUUGACAGAGUGUUUGCUUAGCAUGCACGAAUCCAAAGAAGGAUCCCCAGAACUAUGUAAACCCGGUGAUGGUAUCUACUUAAAAUUCCAGCACUGGGGACAUAGGGGAUGACAGAGCAGAUAUUCAAGGCCAGCCCUGCCUAUAUAUAACGAGUUCAAGGCCAUCAUGGGAUAGGUGAGAUCCUGUGUUGCAACCAAAUACACACACACACAUACACACACACACACACACACACACACACACACACACACUGUUUUCUCACCAUAUAAAGGACAAAACACCACAUCCUGAAAGCUGUACACUUAUGUACACACUGACAAGAUAAACAUGGUUGCAACUAAACUAAGAUAAUGGUCUCUUAUCAUUCAGAUCCUUAUACUCAAUGAGAAUGUUGUGGCCUUAUUAAGAUGUUUUUUGUCUUGUUUUUGAGUAUGUUCAAAAAGAAAAAAAACCAAUUUAUUCCUAUAGGUGUGACUAGUUUCAUCAAAGCUGUGUUGUUAUUAGUAAACUUAAGGCAUAUCCUAAUUUAGUAAAUUCAUAAUCAGUACAUGUAUGUUUGAGAUUUGACAAAGCAUGAAAUUAAGCUUGCUCUCCAUUAUAGCUACUGAGAAGAAACAAUAAAUGUUCAGUUAUGGUGAUGCUUAA